UCCAAUCAUCAUGAGAUCAUAACAUCAUCAUCAACAACCAAUGGUAAUAAUCCAUUGGCAAUGUCUAAUGCUGCCGCAGCUGCAGCCGCUUUAUUAGCUGCAAAUUUUCAACAGAUUCAUCCUCAAAGUAUUGCGGCAGCAGCAGCCGCUGCAGCUGCUGCUACAUCAUCACCAUCAUCAGUUGGUAGUGCACCGGUUUCAUCAAAUCAAAUACCCGGUAAUGUAGUUCCAGGUGGACCUAUUAGUAAUCUUCGUAUUGCUUUAUCGGCUACUGGAUCAUCUAAUCGAAAAUCACCAAACGUAUCACCAAGUAUGUUGGCAACGAUUGCUGCAGCUAAUGGUCUCAAUAUCAAUAUGGACGCUAUUCGACCACAUAAAUGUCAUUGGCCUGAAUGUAAAUUUGCGACCAAAGAUCGAAAAACAUUACGUACACAUAUGAGAAUACAUACAAAAGAAAAACCAUUCAAAUGUUCAUUUCCAAAUUGUAGCUAUGAAACGGGAGAUCCUUCAAAUUAUCGAAAACAUAAACGUCGUCAUAUUGCACAUACAAUAUUUGCUUGUGAUUAUGAAGGCUGUAAUUUUACUACGAACAAGCCUGAUUUUAUGCAAAGUCACAUUGCCAUCCAUAAAGGAUUAAAACCAUUCUUGUGCGAUUUUGAAAAUUGUUCCUCAUCAUUUUAUACAAGAUCAAAAUUGGAAGCACAUCGCCGUAAACAUCUUGCAUCGGGAGAAUUUCCAAUGUCAUUAACACAUGUAGAAGAUAAAGAUAAACCAAUAGUUUGUACCUAUCCAAAUUGUGGUAAACGUUUCAUCAAUGCUGCAGGUUUAGCUGGCCAUGAAGUAACACAUUUGGCAACACAUAAUAAAUAUGGUGCUUUUCUUGCUGAACAUGAACGUGAAAAACCAGUGGUUUGUAAUUUUCCAAAUUGUGGUAAACGAUUUCUUAAUACGGCUGGAUUAGCUGGUCAUGAAGUGACACAUCGGAAUUUUAUUAGCCAGAAUAUGGGAGCCAUAUUUAAGAAUUUAAGCUUUAAUCAAUUGAAAUCAUUAGGAAUAUUUUCCGUUGCUAAUAUGAAACAACAACAACAACAACAACAACAACAGCAGCAGCAACAACAACAACAACAAAGUCAACAAAAUGGAUCAACUUCACAACAACAACAUUUACAACAACUUCAAACACAAUUGUUAUUAUCAGCAGUACAGAAAGGAAAUCAAUUAGUUCAAACAGCAGAAUCACAGCAAAAAAAAUCAUUAUCAGGAGGUAAACCAGGCGAAGUUAUUGUCCUAGAUAUUUGAUCAAUUUUUUUUAAA